AUGUUAUCAGAAUUCCUACUCUUAUUGUCUUCGGCUCUAGCCUCUCUCCUUGCUUGCUCAGACCCUGCUAUUCCUCCUGUUAAGCGUCCAAACUUCAUGUUCAUCAUAACUGACGAUCAAGACUUACACCUUUCCUCUUUGUCCUACCAGCCCUCUGUGCAGCAACACUUUGGUAACCAAGGGACCUUCUUCUCUAAACACUAUGCCACCGUCUCUCUGUGUUGUCCAUCGCGCGUAUCGCUGUUGACGGGGAAAGCGGCACAUAAUACCAAUGUGACUGAUGUUGCUGCUCCGUAUGGAGGAUAUCCGCGCUUCGUCGAACUCGGGCAUAAUAACGCCUAUCUGCCUGUGUGGUUGCAGGAAGCAGGAUACAACACAUAUUACACAGGCAAAUUAAUGAAUGGACACUCGACGACAACCUAUAACACGCCGAGAGCGGCGGGGUGGAAUCAGUCAGACUUUUUGAUUGAUCCGGGAACGUAUGUCUUCUACAAUACCAGUAUGACGCGCAAUAACGAGAUGUACAAGUUCUUUCCUGGGGAGUACUCUACAGACCUAAUUUCGAAGGCGGCUGUGGGAUUCUUAGACGAUGCCAUCGCUGCCGCAUCUGAGCGCCCGUUCUUUCUGGGUGUCGCGCCUGUGGCUCCUCAUUCAGAAACUAUCAUUGACCCGAGACCUGCAAAGUUCAACCCACCUGUGCCGGCAAAGCGACAUGAGCACCUGUUUCCCAACGUGACGGUACCGCGAAGACCCAACUUCAACCCGGAAAAGCCCGGAACAGCGUCCUACUUCAAAACGCUUCGCCAGCUCAACCAGACCGAGAUAGACUACAAUGACGCAUGGUACCGCAAGCGCCUCCAAUCUCUCCAAUCUGUCAAUGAGCUCAUCGACUCCGUCAUGGACCGAUUAAGCGCAAGCCCAGAAGUCCUAGAGAACACGUAUGUGCUCUACACCACGGACAACGGAUUCCACAUUGGGCAGCACCGACUUGGUCCUGGCAAAAGCUGUGGAAUCGAAGAAGACGUCAACAUACCUUUCUUCAUUCGGGGUCCGGGCGUCGCAAAAGCCGCAGUCCAGAACAUUCCAUCCAGCCACACGGAUAUUGUGCCAACCCUAUUUCAUCUGGCGGGGAUACCGCUGCGAGAAGAAUUCGACGGCGGAAUUAUGCCUGUGACCGAGAGUCUGUUGGCGCAGAAUGCAAAGAAUGAGCAUGUGAAUAUUGAAUUCUGGGGAAAUUACCUUGUGGAAGGGAAUACGUUCUACGGAGCAAGCUCCUACCUGAAUAACACGUACAAGACGGUACGAGUCGUGGCAAGAGAAUACGAUCUGGCGUAUACGGUAUGGUGUACCAAUGAACACCAACUCUACGACAUGAAGAACGAUCCAUACCAACUCACCAACCUCUACGGCACAAAUAGUACCGCCGUCAACAACUGGCCCAUGAACAAACUUGCGUCCAGACUCAACGGUCUGUUGCUCACGCUCAAGCGUUGCAAGGGCCGCGUAUGCACAAGGCCGUGGGAGACGCUCCAUCCACAGGGAAACGUGCUGAGUCUUGAGGAUGCCAUGGAUGAGCGCUAUGAUGUGUUCUAUGGCGAGAGCCAACACCUCGUAACCUAUACGGAAUGUGUUAUGGGCCAGGUUUUGAGCGUCGAGGGGGCAUUGGAGCCGGUGGUUUGGCAAGACGAGUGGGAUUCUUGGAGUUGGGCGACUUGA